AUGCGUAGAAGACCUGUUGCAACUGAUACAAUGUCAUCUGAUUCGGAAUCCGACUUGGAUUUUGGCACCGAUGAUUCAAAUGAAGAUCCUGUUUGGCACCCAGAAGAAAAUUCGUCCGAAGAAGAUGAGAAUGUGUCCGAUGUCAUUAGAGACAUUUUGUUGGAGGAGGAACGUGAAGAUAUGCAUUCGGAUGAUGAUGAUGGCACGAGGAGUCUUCAUCAGUGGAGUGAAUACGUUGGUAGGCACAAAGUCUUCGAUUUUGUCGGGAAAAAAGGAGUUCAAAUUGAGAUUUCUACUCAAGCCUCACCUAGUGACAUCUAUUCCCAUAUUGUUGACGAAGCAUUGGUUCAAUUUAUAGUUGAUGAAACUAACCGUUUCGCGGAACAGACCAUCGCAGCCAAACGGAGGUCCAAGCAUGCUCGGAUGAACCAGUGGAUCCCAACUGAUUCAGCAGAGAUAAAGAAAUUCUUUGGGUUGAUGAUCUGGAUGGGAUUGGUUCCACUUGGCCGAAUGGAAGAAUACUGGGAAACGAAAGGAGUAUAUAACAUGGCGCUGCCUAGGACAAUUAUGUCCAGAAACCGUUUCCAGGUUUUGCUUUCAAUGCUUCAUUUCGAAAAUAACGAGACAAGUAGCCAAACCAAUCGUCUUCGGAAGAUUGAAAAACUAAUAGAUCAUCUGCAAACAAACUUCAAAGCACUUUUCUAUCCCGGAGAAGAUUUCGUUAUUGACGAAACUCUAGUGCCCUGGAGGGGUCGGCUUGUGUUUAGACAAUAUAUACCAAACAAAACUCAUCGGUAUGGUGUUAAGCUUUUCAAACUCUGCUCCACUGAUGGAUACACAUGGGCACUUAGAGUGUACACGGGAAAAUCUGCUACGGGUGAGAGAGAGGUCGGAUUGGCCAAAAAUGUAUGUACAGAACUUUGCCAAGGACUUCUCAAUGAAGGAAGAUGUCUCUUUGUUGACAACUUCUAUACCAGCUACGAAUUAGCCCAGUCCUUCUUGCAACAAAGGACCCAUGUUGUAGGCACCCUCAGAGCUAACAAGCGAAACCUUCCAAAAGAAGUCCUUCUCGCAAAAUUAAAAAGAGGUGAAGUUAUUUCCAGAGAAGAUAAUGAUGGAAUCGUCGUUUUGAAGUGGAAAGACACCAGAGAUGUUAGAAUGCUUUCUACCAAACACGCUCCAGUUUUGGUACCUACUUCAAACAGACGCUCUGCACCUGUACGUAUCCAAGAAGAUAGUGCUCAACCUUCCACGAGCUCUAAUCCACCCCAAGCUACGAGACCAAGAAGAACUACUCACAGAUUACCAACUAAGCCUGAAGCAAUUUUAGCAUACAAUAAAGGUAAAGCUGGAAUUGAUUUAUCUGAUCAAAUGGGAUCUUACGCAACAACUCUGAGAAAAGGCGUCAAGUGGUACCGUAAACUUGGAAUAGAGCUUUUGCUGGGAACGUCAGUCGUUAACGCUUGGGUAGUGUACAAAAAUGUAACACAAACCAAAAUUUGCAUUCGCAAAUUCAGAGAAAAACUAGUCGGUGAGCUUCUCAAUAUGCCAUCAUCUUCAUCUCGACCAGAGCAACCCCGAACCAAACAUCACCAUUUGAAGGACAGGUUGAAUGAUUCUGGGAUUAAAAUUCGCAGAAAGUGUAGUGUUUGCUAUAAUCGCAUAACUAAAGAAAAAGGUCGUGUUUGUGCUAGAAAAGAAGCAAGGCAAACCUACACUUUCUGUGAAGAUUGUCCAGAACAGCCUCAAAUGUGCCGCGAUUGUUUCAAUCAGCAACAUAAAUAA